AGACCGCAGAGAGCAAAGACCAGCAGAGAGUUUUCUUGCCAGUUUCAAUCAGCUCCAGGGGCACUGUUCUGAGGCUGUAAAUUAUGCUCGGAAUGUGAAUGUUUUACUUUCGGUGUGCGGCACCAGUCAGAGAAUUCCGUUCGCUAUGGCUCUCCUCAAACUGUUUGCAUCAAGCCUCACCACGACAUUACUGAUUUACUCUCUACUUGGGAUUCUGCUCAUUUCCUUUCUCAACAAGUUCAGGAAAAGGCCUCCGAUUAACUACCCCCCUGGACCCAUCCCUCUCCCAAUAAUAGGGAACCUGCACCAACUGGACUUGAAAAGACUUUACAAAUCGCUGGUCGAGCUGUCAGAAAAAUAUGGCUCAGUGUACUCUGUCAGUCUGGGUCCGGAGAAGGUGGUGGUGCUGGCUGGGUAUGAAACAGUGAAGAAUGCCCUCAUUAAUCACGCUGAUGAAUUCCUGGGAAGACCUGAUGUACCGAUCAUGAAUGUGCUUAAAGAAGGAUCUGGUGUUGUUUGGUCCAAUGGGGAUCCAUGGAAACAAAUGAGAAGGUUCAUGCUCUCAACCCUGCGAGAUUUUGGAAUGGGCAAGAAAUCUAUUGAGGACAAGAUAAUUGAGGAAGCUGGAUUCCUGGUGAAAAAGAUUGACUCGUACAAAGGUCAGCCAUUUGACACGGAUGUUAUCACGAACUUUGCAACAGCCAACGUCAUCUGCUCCAUAGUAUUUGGAGACCGGUUUGAUUAUGAUGACAAGACGUUUCUCAGCAUAGGAAACAUGGUCCAUGAAAGCUUUCGACUACUUGGCAGCCCCAUGGUCCAGGUGUUCAAUGCUUAUCCAUUUCUGAGAUUUCUACCUGGAAGCCACAAAGAGAUCUGCAAGCAAUUUGAGAUGCUGAAGACAUGUUUGACAGAGAUCAUCAAAGUUAAACAACAGGAGAUGAACGAAAAUGAUAUCAGGAGCUUCAUUGAUACGUACAUUGUCAAACAGCGAGAGGAGGCGGGAAACCCAGACACAUACUUCCACGAAAAGAACCUAGUGAUCACAACGAGUGAUCUGUUCAUUGCUGGAAUGGGAACUGCGGCCACCACCAUUCGCUGGGCACUUUACAUCAUGAUGAAAUACCCCGAGAUCCAGGGGAAAGUUCAGGAAGAAAUUGACCGAGUAAUCGGAUCAGAGCGAUCUCCCAGGAUGGACGACAGAAAGUAUAUGCCCUACACUGACGCUGUAAUCCAUGAGGUCCAGAGGUUUGCGAACAUCGCCCCAUUGGGCAUCCCCCGAUCGACAAUGGUGGACAUCAAUUUCCAAGGAUAUUUCAUCCCGAAGGGAACUUACAUUGUUCCUUUAUUGGCCUCAGUGCUUUAUGACAAAAGCCAAUGGGAAAAGCCUGAUGAGUUCAACCCAGCUCAUUUCCUGGACGCUGCGGGCAAGUUUGUGAAGAGAGAUGCCUUCAUGCCUUUCUCUGCAGGUCGCAGGAUCUGCCCGGGGGAAACCCUGGCCAAGGUGGAGCUCUUCCUCUUCUUUGUAACCUUGCUGCAGAAGUUUGACUUGCAUCCUCCCCCCGGAGUCACCGAUCUGGACCUCACGCCGGUCGUAGGUGGAAUAUUGAAUCCAAAACCUCAUCAGGUCUGUGUGGUGCCUCAUAUCCACCGCUGCUGACCAGUCCUAUCGUUCCCACAAUGCCGACAGACGAUUACAAAAACCUUUGAUGAUAAAUGCUGUUUUGCAGUCAGGUGAUCCAAAUAUUUGCAAGGUAUUGUUGCACUGACAGCCUUGUUUCAAUGUAAACCCCUCCUUUCGUUCUUUGUUUCAGUGAUGUUCUGAUGAGCCUAACAGCCAGAUAGGUCGAUAAAGUGGAGUAUCAUUGAAACAUA